ACCUUUUCUUUUUCAAACUUUUGUUUGUCGCUAUUCCCUCGCCGACCAAUGCAAGGGAAUCGUGAUGGCUCGUGGUCUCUAGGCGCCUCCGGAAACGGUGGAAGCAGAAGAGGCAACGGUAACGGCGUUCCCAGCGGAUAUCUUCAUCAGGCGGUGGAGAAUCCUGUGUUUUCCAAUUUCAGUGUCCAACAACAACCAAUUAGAUACUCUCUCCCUCAGUUUCCAGCAAAUUUUUACCACCCUAGUUUCCCGGACCUAUCCGGCUUCUCCUUCGCAAACGCUAAUUACCAAAUGCAGGAGAAUUCCAGCUUCCAUCAUCCACAAAUCCCUCACCAAUACUCCCCUGGAGCUGUCCCUAAUGUUUUCCUUCGAUCCCAUGGACAAAGCUUCUCUCUUCCUCCUCAAUCUUUGCCAAAUAACGAUAUCAAUGGCUCUCAUAACCGUGGAGCAACCGGAGCUGGAGCUUUCGAGAGCCCUUCAUUGAAACGAAGGCGUCAAGAGGUAAUACAUGGGACCGAUGUAGUCGUCAACGAGACCCCCAAAUCUAAUAUGGCUCCUGGGGAGAGCGCUAAUUCCUUAAGCGUGACUCUUCCGAUUCCUAUUACCCGUAUAAGCAUUGAUGAUAGUGGCGGGUCUCGGAACCAUGGAGGGAACGGAUCUUCGGAGAAGUCUUCCUCAAAACCAAAGCGCAAAGUAGAAGUUCUGCGGAUUGAUAAAGCCGUGAACAUGACGCGUAUAUCAGUGAUUGCUGCUGGAGAGAGCGUUUCUUCGACUAGAGUGUCGCGAUCAGUUCUAGAGGAGCUUCAAGCUGAUUCUUGGCGUACCUUGGGAGUUAAUGCUUUUAUUCACUGCUAUGUUGGGGCUAGAAGAAUUGUGACCCUGCAUGAUUUGGAAGUGGCGAUAUGCAGAAACAAGUUUGUUGAUUCUUUCGAGGAUCUGGAAUUGGGACCUUUGCUGCAGCAUCCACUAGUCUUGCUCUAUUUUCCAUCUAUAUCCAGCUCUUUUGGCCUAGUUCAGAUCACUAGUGAGGAGAUUAUAUUGUUUCUUGAUAGCUAUCUGAACACUUAUAUGACAGAUGAUGUCAUGGUCGAUGAGUUCCUGAAUUUUGUUGCUAGUAAAAAAUCAGUUGCAAGCAAGGAUAAGCUUGGAUGUGUGUAUCUUUCAUUCAAGACGCGAAGAGACAAGAAGUGCAUCAGAAGUAUCACAUCCCAUCAUCAAAGAAACAACCGCAAAAAUAAGCCCUUUUCUAUCUUUGAGCGUGCUGACUCGUUUGCUUUACAUCAUAAGGAUUAUCAUGGCAAGCAUACAAGAUUUGAUUCAUCAAGCUCAGAUGUGAAUGAGAGUUUUGAUUAUGAGGUUGGAAAACUUAAUAGUUUUGACCAUACUAGUAGUUGUCCAUAUCCAUUUGUUGCGGAAGAGAUGAAGCGUAAGAAAAGGAAGGCUGAACGUCGUAGUCAUGAAAAAUCUGAUUCGUUCAAAGUGCUUAUAAGAGGCCUCUCUAAAUUACAUAAAGGAGAUGCGAAACAAGAGAUACCUAAAUCAGCUGAGGAUUCUGAUGCUAAGAAAAUUUUCAGUGUCGAUGAGGCUGAUUUCACACUUUAUGAAGGAGCUUUGAGAAAUUUCAUUUCAACUUGGAAGGAUACAUGUAAAGAGCUAAGCAUUUCAACACUGUUGACUCAUUACCAGUUAGGGGGCACUGAAGUACGAUCUCAGAAUGAAAGAGCUAAACCGAUGUCAUCAUUUCCAUUUGUUGGAUUACUUAAUGUCGCUUUGAAGAAAAUUGUUAGCAAUCUCGCCUCAUUGCCUUUGCUCUGCGACUUAGCACCCAGUUGCAAAGUCUUGGACUUCGGCAAAUGGAGAAACUUUCCUAGUUCAGCUUUGCUCUUUGAUUCUGCAUGUGCACAUCACAAUAUCAAUGAGGCAGCUAAUGAGAAAAAGUUGCAGAUGUUUGCCGAGUUUGUUCUACAGGUAACCUCAAUGCGACAUGGAAUGUGCGAUAGUAAAUAUGAUAAUUUGCAAACGCUGAUCCAAAGUGAUACGGUUAAUCCUUGCUCAGGAAAUCAAGUAGAUGAUAUUAUGCCAUAUGAAAACACUGAUUUAAGUGAAACUCAGCAUAUUGCGCCUCCAAAGCACAGUUGUUCUGUUGAAGAAAUUAUCAGAAGGCUUUCCUUGUAUUUUGAGCAUGAUCUUUCUGGAGAGAAGCACAUUAGUAUCUUAAGGAGGCUACAGACUUGCGAGAUCAAUUUCAAGUCCAGAAUUGAGUCUCUUGGUUGGGGUGGGUUUUUAACUUUCUUGGAAAAACAUAUGUUGCUGCUACCAACACACCUUCAAAGGUUUCUAUCUAGAGAAUUACGGGAAGAGGUUCCUCUGGAGGUCCACGUGAGUGAAAGUCUGAUGACUCUAUUGCUAUCGCAAGCUUCUGAAUAUUCAUAUAGUAGUGUAAUAUCUAGACAGAUGGUAGCUCGACUGCUUGCAGAACAAUUUCCAUCAAUCAAUUUCAAGGUUGUAGGACAAGAUUCAGAGGAAAGUAUUACUGAAAUCAUUAGUAGCUACAAGAAUAAAUCUGGUUCAAGAUGUAUCCUCUUUUCUUCAACAUUGUUGGGAGCUAAAAACUCUUUGACCAGUAAGGAUCUAGAAGAAUCCAUGACAGUAGGAAAUGAUACUGAAUCAAGAAGCAGCCUUUUUAGUUCUGUGUUAGAUGUUUUGCUCAAGGUUCCGUUGUUGUCAGACUUAAACUCAUGGUGUCACUGGGAUCUUAAGUUUGCUCCAAACUUUGGUCCUCUUUUGGGGCACUUGAAUGAGAUUAAUUCAAAAGAGCUGUUGUGUCUAGUGACAUGGGAUGGUAAGAUUAUCCGGACAGAUCCAUCUGCUACAGCAGAUUCAUUUUUAGAGGCUGCUCUUCAAGGAUCUGCUUACCCGUUUUGUCUGCAUGCGAGGACCCGGAGCAGCGCAUCAUGCUGCAUGAUGCCGAAACUGGUGCUAGGCAUUGUUGAGUGGAUUAAUGAUUACGAUAAGUUUUGCUCAUCAUUUUCGCCGAUCUCUGCGACAGUAGAAAAUGCUUCGUCCAGCUUAGAUUCUGGCAACGUAGAUUCUGACGAAUCUUGUCACACUUCUGGUGGUUCUGGGGCUCUUUGUAAUUAUAAUGGGGAGGCUUUCACCCAAACUGUGCACCUUGAUAAUCCGGCUUCUGUUAUUGAUUUAAUCAGACGGGAUGGGUUUGGGCUGGAUUCAAGUUCUUCUGGUGCUGAGGCGAGUAUGCUGCAGAAACAACAUGCUCUGUUAGAAAGAGCACUUCAUUGUUUGUCCCAGGAAUUGUAUUCUCAAGAUUCACACUUUAUUCUUGAACUGUUGGUGCAAUCUCAUGUUGUGUCUCCUAUAACCGAUUUCUACUCUGCCCUAGAUGAUUUUUAUCACACUAUUCGUGUUAACAGAAUAAAUUUAAAGGACAUCCCAUUUGUUGCUUCAGGUUUAAAAAAUGCUGAUGACAAUAAGUACCCUGAACAUGUGGAACCCACACUCACAUUCAUUCUUCAAAAGACUGGAAUUUUCGUUUUAAACAACGAGUGUGGUUUCAUGCCUGAGAACAUUCGGGCCCUGUGUGAUGUUGGUCGAUCAACAAAGAAAGGAUCUGGUGGAUACAUAGGGAAGAAAGGAAUUGGCUUCAAGUCAGUGUUUCGGAUUUCUGAUGCUCCUGAAAUCCACUCAAAUGGUUUCCAUUUAAAGUUUGAUAUAAGUGAGGGUCAGAUUGGAUACAUUUUACCGACUGUCGUACCUCCUCAUGAUAUUGAUUCACUAACCAGCAUAACAACAGUGAAUCACAUUAAGCCUUUGUUUUCAGACCUUCAUCCUUCUUUAUUACUCUUCCUGCAUCGCCUCCAGUGCAUAGUAUACAGAAAUAUGCUUGACGACUCUCUCUUGGUCAUGCGGAAAGAGGUUGUGAGUAAGAAUGUCGUAAAGGUUUCAUGUGGGGAAAAUAGCGUGACAUGGUUUGUGGCAUCAGAGAAAUUAAAGGCUGCCAAUCUUCAUGAUGACAUCAUGCAUGAUUCAAGAACCCGGGAUUUCAUUCUUACCUCAUCAAGAGAGGAUGUUGAUGAGGAUAGUCUUUGGAACCAGUGGUUGUUGUCAGAAUUUCCGGGUUUGUUUGUAGGUGCUUUAAGGUCCUCUUGCAGUUUUCCUUCUUUCACCCAGAAUCUGGGUAAAGCUGUGUGCUCAUACAUGCAGCUUGUACCUCUCGUUGGGGAAGUUCAUGGGUUCUUUUCGUCUCUCCCUCAUUUUAUUAUAUCUAGAUUGAGAACAACAAAUUGCUUGCUGCUUGAGGGAGACGGUGAACACUGGGUUCUUCCUUGCAAGGUUUUAAGAAAUUGGAAUGAAAAGAUAAGGGUUCUUCUUAAGGAUGGAUUGCUUCAGGAGCAUCUUGCUCUGGGUUUUUUGGACAAAGAUAUAGUUUUUUCAGAUUCCCUGUCAAGGGAACUGGGCAUUGAAGACUAUGGACCUAAAACUUUGGUGCAGAUUCUUUCCUCAUUGAGUCACAAGAAAGGUUGUCUGCAAUCGAUGGGCUUUGCGUGGUUAUCGUCUAUUCUAACUGAAUUUUCUGUACUAUUAUGUUCUUUUGGGAAUGGUAAUGUAGAGUUAGGUGUAGAUAAAACUCUUAUAGGCAGCCUUCGAAAGACCCUAUUUAUACCCCUCUCAAAUGGUAAGUUCACCUCUUUAGAUGAGGGCGCCGUAUGGUUGCACCAUGACACCACUGAGUCUGAUCUUGGUGAUGUAUUUGAAGUAUUUCCUAUAUUAUAUGGAAAUCUCCGAACCAUUGAUCAUUCGCUUCUUUUAGCGUCUUCGGUUGAUGAAAAACCCGCUGUGGAUGACCUCGUAAACAUGAUUUGCGCAAUUGGCAUUCAAAAGCUAUCAGCACAUGAAAUCAUCAAAGUGCAUAUAUUACCAGCAUUCGAGGCGAAAAAUAGUGGUACAGCGGAGGGUUUGAUGGUAGACUACUUAUGCUUUGUGAUGACCCAUUUACGAUCUGGCUACCAUGUUUGUCAUAACGAGAGGAAGUACAUUAUUUCGGUGUUAAGAAGCAAAGCUCUGAUAUUGUCAAAUUUUGGGUUGAAGCAGCUAGCUGAGGCGUCAAUUCAUUUCAGUGAGGAAUUUGAAAACCAAGUUAACAUGAAGAAGCUUACCAAAAACUUGGAUAUAUCGUGGCAUGUGGUUGAUGGUACUUACUUGAAACAUCCCGCAUCAAAAUAUUAUGCAUGUGGAUUAAAGGAGUGGCGGGAAUUGAGCAUUACUGAAUUCUAUUCUGUCUCACGUUGUGAAAAGUAUGAUACCAACUUGUUAUCUCCCGAGUUAGUUGUUAGAGACUGGGAAUCCCCGGAACUAGUUGAUCUCUUGUCUCUCUUGCACAAAAGUAAUGGCCGCAAAGGUUGCAAGUAUCUCUUGGAAGUCCUUGAUAGACUGUGGGAUGAUUGCUACCAUGACAAAACAACUGUUACCUAUAAUUCGGGUGUGAAUGGUGUCAUCAUAUCAUCACAAUCUUCAUUUAUGAGGGUAAUUUUUGAUUCUAAAUGGAUAGUGUCAAGCAUGGACAACAAAUUGCAUCUUGCGAAAGACUUCUAUCAUGAUUGUGAUGAUGUGCGGUCAAUACUUGGCAUGAAUGCGCCAUAUGCAGUUCCCAAGACCAAAGUUUGCCUCGAUGAUGCUCUGGAAAUUCUAGAAGCUUGGGUAUACCGUGGAGACUCUUUUAAAUCAAGCAUCUCUAAGAUUCCCAGAUUUUACGGAUUUUUGUGGAAUGAAAUGGCUGAUUCAGAGCAGAAAAUUACUGAAAAGCUCCAUGAUUUCCCUUCUGUAUUUGUCCCACACAUAACUGGAAGUAGGCGGAAUGAUAUGAUAUCUGGUAUAUUCUUAUCACUUGAUGAUGUUUACUGGAACGAUUCUGUUGGUGUUUUAGAUGAUAUAAAAGAGAUCAGUUCGCAGAUCAGCAGUGUUUUGGAAUCAUUGCGUCGGAAAACAUUGCUUAAUAUCUAUCCAGGUCUCCAUGACUUUUUUUGUGAAUGGCCUUCUUUCCAAGAGUACCUCAAAAUUCUAGGGCAGUUCGCACAUUAUGUGUCACCCUCAUGUGCUGCCAAGGCUGUCUUCAAAAUUUUCCUGAAAUGGAGUGAUGACUUGAACUCUGGAAAAUGUUCCGAAGAUGUUGUUCAAUUCAAAGAGAGACUUUCAAAACUCGACUACAAUGUGCUUCCUACUGAAAGUGAUAAGUGGGUUUCCUUACACUCCUCGUUCGGUCUCUUAAAGAAGAGAUUUAAAAAGAAGGAUAAUGUUCAGUUUAUUUACUUUCGGGAAAAUUCAGAUGAAGAGCAAGAAGUGCUUCAAACAAAAUUAUAUGUGCUGAUGCACAGCUUGGGCAUUCCAAGUAUUUCUGAGGUGGUAAAGCGUGAAGCAAAAUAUGAAGGUUUGCAAGAUAAUAGUGUAACAGUGUCACUUGUGAACUGGGCUCUGCCUUAUGCUCAGCGAUAUAUCUUUACUCUGCAUCAUGAUAAGUAUACCGAAACUAAAAUGACAGUCUAUAGUCAAGUCAAGCGUCUACAAGUCUUUGUCGUUGAGAAGUUAUGCUAUAGGAAUGUCAUACCGCAAUAUGACAUUAGCUCUAAAAAGGAGUUCAAAUGCAGCUCUCUUCUGUAG